AUUUUCAAAGUAGUGUGCUAGGAUCUUAAAAUAUAACCCCAGUAGAAUAUAUUUGUCAAACGAUUAUUGUUUAUAAUAACCUUCAUCCAAAUAACAUUGAUCAAAACAAUUCAAUAAACGUUAUUUCCUAGUAUCCUAAUCCCUAAUGGCUCUGAGCAACACAGGCAAAAAGGAACUACAGAAAGAACUAGAUAAACGAAAUUAUUAUGAAACCACUGAAAGAGAAAGAGUUGCGAUAGAAGAUAGAAAUAAGUCCAGGAAUCUUAUCAGAUUAUUACAAAUUCAAAGGAAGGAACAAGAGACAGCUGACCAGGAACAAAAUGCCAGAGAAAGGGAUGCUUAUCGUGAAAGAAGUUUGGAACAAGAAGAAACAUUGGCAAGAGAAUUAGAUGAACUCAGAAGAAAAGAAAUAUGUGUCGUUCGGGAAAGACAAAUCCUCAGAGAAAGUAGCCAUGAACUAAAAGAAUUAGAAACUAAAUUGAGAAAUGCCUAUGCUAAAAGGGAACUGAGAGCACAAAUGGCUGAAAAUGAAGAAAAGAGGCGUCAGGAGAAGUUGAGAGUAAUGGAGACUAAUAAAGCUCUUGAAGAAGCAAGAGUGAAUGAAGCCGAAUACGAUAGAUAUUUGAAACAACAAGAAAUAAACAAAAAACAUGAAUAUAUGAAAGAGCUACAAGAUCAGAUGAUUUUCAAAGAGAAGAUGAAAAGGUGCAAAUAUGAAGAAUUCCUUAAGGAGAAGAAACUCAUUGAUCAGGUUGUUGAGAGAAUACACCUAGAAGAUGAGAGAGCUCUUCAGGAAAGAUGGAUGAAAAUGCAGAAAACUAAAUCUGAAAUGAUAGCAUUCAAAGAAGCUCAGGAAAUGUGGAAACAAAAGCAGAGGGAACAAAUUGCAGAUGAAAAUAAGAAAAUUCAAGAAUAUAUGUUCUCAAAGCAAUCAGAUGUUCAGGCAAAAGCACUUGAGAAGCAACGUAAAGAGCAGGCUCGAGAGGAAAUGGUGGAUGCGAUCGCGAAGAGAUUGUAUGAGGAAAAGACGAAACAAAGAGAAAGAGAAGACAUUCAACAAGAGUUACUGGAACAAGAACGUAUCGAGUCUGCAGAGUAUCGGGAGCAGAAGGAAUUGGAGAAGAGAUUCCGCCAGAGGGUUGACAUGGUGAAAGGAUUGGACAGUCAAGUGAAAGAACACGAAGAGAAGAAGAAACAGAUGGCGGAAGAAGAAGCUUAUUAUAAGAAUAUGAUGCAAAAGAACGCCGAAGAAGAUAUGAAGUUGGAAAUGAUGUCCGCUGAGAAGAGGAGAAUAAGGAAGAUGCAGCUGAGAAAGGACCUGCAGGACUUGAUAGGGGAAAGACGAAGGAAACAUGCGGAGAAUAUGCAGAUUCUUCUCAAGUUGCACGAUCAAGAAUUGGCGGAAUUAGCUGAAAGGAACAGGAAAAUAGAAGAAGAAAGGAUAAGAAUGUUGAAGGAACAUGCUGAACAUCUCAUUGGAUACAUGCCUAGAGGUAUUUUGAAAGAAGAAGAUCUUCCAUUACUCGGACAAGCUGUUUACGAAAAAUAUAAACCCAAAACAGAUAAUAGCCCUUAAAACUUCGAACUGAUAUUUUUGAUGAGUCAACCAUUGUGAUAUUUUUGACGAUUCUUUUUUUUUAAAACCAGCACGCAAAUUUAAUUUACAAAUCACUGUUCAAUAAAAUGUUUAUUAUGAAA